AUGGCGACGCGAAAAACUAGACAAAAAGACAAAGACAUUACCGCAGCGGUAAAUGAACUCUGCCUCUGGUUCCCGCAAACACAGCGGGUCAUCAGUCAUGGCUCACCAGACUUCCGCGUGGCCGGUAAAACGUUUGCCACCUACGUGAUCAACCACCACGGCGACGGUCACCUGGCGUUGUGGCUGAAGAUGCCUGCAGGCGCCCAGUCUCUAUACGUCGACGCUGAACCCGAGUUUUUCUACGUGCCUGCAUACGUUGGACCUAAAGGCUGGCUGGGCGUCGAUCUGGACAAAGGGAUGGACUGGGGCAGAAUCGCAGAUCUGGUGCGUCAGGCCUAUGUCCAUGUCGCGCCGCGCUCAGUCAGCGCAAAAUUACCUCAGGGCCCGGAUCUUGAACCGCCAACCGGGACCAUUGAUCCGAUCGAAUUCGACCCGCUGGUCGCACCGCACCGCAAACUGUUACUGCAGCAGAUUGCCAACCUGUGCCUUGCACUGCCUGAAACCAGCCAGGAUCGCCAAUUCGGCAACCCCUGCUUUCGCGCCGGUAAAAAGAAUUUCUGCACGGUUUAUAUGCACAAGGGACGUUUACAGUUGUCCAUCUGGGCUGGCAGCGAUGCACAAGCCAGCCUGACCUUCGACAAACGCUACCAAAUACCACCCUAUACCGGGCACAAUGGAUGGCUGAACCUGGAUAUUGAAGAAGGGCUGAUGGCCGGUGAAGCAGCAAGCUUAAUUGACCAGAGUUACCGACACUUUGCGCUACAACGCAUGCUGAAAGUACUUGAUGUCGACAGCUACAUGGCAGCACCCAGCGCUGGUGCGAUUCUGGCGGACCUGGGCGCCAACGUAAUCAAGGUUGAGCCACUCACCGGCGAUCCAAUGCGGGGAUUAUCCCGCCCCAUCAAACAGGAUGACGCCAGCGACGCGAUCAAAGCCUACGACUUCGGUUUCGACGUCGAUAAUCGUGGCAAGCGCUCCAUCGCGGUUGCUCUGGACCAGCCGGAAGGGGCUGAACUGGUAAGGAAGCUGGUGGCUGGUGCCGAUAUUUUCAUGUGCAACCUGCUGGUCAAGCGCCAGGAAAAAUUUGGUCUGGAUCCGGCAUCACUGCUUGCGGUCAAACCCAACCUGGUCCACGCCACGCUUACCGGCUAUGGCACCACAGGACCUGAUGCCUGGCGACCGGGUUACGAUGUAACCGCUUUUUUCGGGCGUUCUGGUUUAUACGAUGCGCAACGUGAAGGGGAUGCGGGCGUUGUGCCUAUGGCCCGCCCUGCUCAGGGUGACCACACUACCGGCCUGGCCAUGGUCGCCUCUAUUCUGGCCGCUCUGCGCCUGGCAGAGCGCAGUGGCGAAGGCCAGGUGGUAGAAACAUCGCUGUAUGAAACCGCAGUGUGGACCCAGGCAACCGACUACGCUGUCACCGCUAUCGACCAUGCACCGGUGCGUCGUCGAGCACGUAAAGAGAUGCUUGCCAUCACAGCCAAUCGAUUCCCCUGUGGCGAUGGUAAAUGGGUGGUAUUCAAUAUGAUGCCAGAUUCCGCGUUCUGGUCACGAAUGUGUCAGGCCAUAGAAAUUGAAGAAUUGAUCGACGACGAACGUUUUGUCGAUUCUCGCUCGCGUUACCGUAACAUGACCGCGCUCAUUGACCUGGUGGAUGCCGCCCUGGCCAAACGCAGCCGCGACGAAUGGGGUGAAAUCUUUGACAAAGCGGGCCUUAUCUGGGGACCGGUAUUGGCCUUACACGAAGUCCCACAAGACCCUCAUGCAAUUGAACUGGGCAUGUUUCCUCAGGUCGAACACGAAGACAUCGGCACGUAUCGCACUGUGAAUAUCCCCAUGCGUUUUGCCAACGCAGAUGUUAAACCUCAGGGACCGGCACCGGAACUGGGUGAGCAUACCCGACAGAUUCUCAGCCAGGCUGGUUUUGAUGACAACGCUAUCGACAGCAUGACCGCAGAUGGAACUGUUAUGAACAACAUUGUUGUAGUUGACUGCAUUCGGACCGGUCUCGCAAAAGCACAUCGCGGCACAUUCAAUAUGUCCCGCUCCGAUGAUCUGGUUGCACAUUGCAUCAACGCCCUGCUGGACCGAAACCCAAGUCUGGACCCGGCGCUGGUGGAAGAUGUCAUUCUGGGCUGCGGGCGACAGGUGGGCGAACAGUCUGCAAACGUUGCGCGCCAUGCGGUGGCGCUGUCCAACCUGCCGAUCACAGUACCGGCCACCACCAUCAGCCGAGCGUGCUCCUCGGGCUUGAACUCCAUCGCUUUUGCCGCCAGCCAGAUCAAUUCCGGUUUUGCAGAAAUCAUGAUGGCCGGCGGUGUUGAAUCCAUCACCGGCUUGAGCCGCGGUACGGAAGCUAAGUUUGCCGAAAACCCGACACUGACCGAGCAGAUGCCGGACAUGUACAUGGCCAUGGGCAAUACCGCUGAGGUGGUUGCACGACGCUACCAGGUCACGCGGGAAUCCCAGGACGCUUAUGCGCUGCAGAGCCAGCAGCGUUACGCGGCAGCGGAUGAGGCCGGUUACAUCAGUGACGAAAUAGCCCCCAUGCAGGUGCAGUGGCGCAAAAUUAUCGACAAGCAGAGCAAAGAAACGGAAAUCGUUACCGGCGUGGUGGAUCGGGACGAAUGCAAUCGCCCUAACACGACCCUCGACGGUCUCAGCCAGCUCGCCCCAGCAUUCGAAGAAGGCGGAUCUGUCACCGCAGGCAACGCAUCACAACUGUCAGAUGGCGCCGCCAUGACCCUGCUGAUGACAGAAGCCAAAGCUAUUGAACUGGGAUUGACACCAAUGGGUUAUUUCCGCGGCUUUACGGUAGCCGGCUGUGAACCGGACGAAAUGGGUAUUGGACCGGUUUUCGCUAUACCCAAAUUGUUAGACUAUGCUGGCCUGACUAUGGACGACAUUGAUCUGGUAGAGCUUAAUGAAGCCUUUGCCAGCCAGUGCCUGUACUGUCGGGAUCAACUGAAUAUUGAUAACGACAUCUACAAUGUCAACGGCGGUUCUAUUGCCAUAGGCCAUCCGUUUGGAAUGACCGGCACCCGCUUAACCGGCUCGCUGCUCAGGACUCUGAAACGGCAAAACAAAAAGUACGGCAUCGUGUCGAUGUGUAUCGGCAAAGGCAUGGGUGCUGCUGGUGCUGGCACGUUAUUGCCCGGCGCUGCUCAAUCGGCUCCCACACCAGCGAGCAAUACCCGGGGUGUGCAGGCCUAUCGGCGCCUGGGUCGCACAGAAUUAAAAAUAUCUGACAUUUCAUUUGGCUCAUCGCGAUUGCGUACCGGUGAAGAAGCACUGGUGCAUCAUGCCAUUGAUCGUGGUGUUAACUAUUUUGACAGCGCGGAAAGCUAUACCGGCGGUGAAUCCGAAACAGUGAUCGGCAACGCCAUCAAAGGCCGUCGCGAUAAGGUAUAUCUGGUUUCAAAAACGCUGACCAGCAGCAGCACCAGCGCAGCGACCAUGAUGCACGAUCUGGAAGGGUCACUGCGCCGACUACAAACCGAUUAUGUAGAUGUGUACAUGAAUCACGCGGUUAACAGUGUUGACAGCGUUGGCAAUCCCGAGUGGCUGGCGUUUGUGGAUCAGGCCAAAACACAGGGGAAAAUUCGUUUCACGGGUAUCUCCGGCCAUGCCGGACGGCUGAUUGAGUGCCUCGACUACGCGAUAGACGAAGACAUGAUCGACGUCAUGCUGGUGGGUUAUAACUUUGGCCAGGACCCGGCGUUUUACGAGGGCUUAACCCGCGGUUUUGACCGCAUUGCAACCCAACCUGAUCUGCCGCGAGCCAUCAGCAAAGCAAAAGAAAAAGACAUCGGCGUCAUCGCGAUGAAAACAUUGAUGGGCGCGCGCCUGAACGACAUGCGACCUUAUGAACAAGCCGGCGCAGAAACUUUUGCCCAGGCUGCGUUCAGUUGGGCACUGGCGAAUCCGAACGUCGAUGCGCUGAUCAUUUCGAUGACCGGUAAAGAUCAGAUCGACGAAUAUCUCGGCGCCUCUGGCGCAUCGUUUGUCACUGCCCAGGCACGUCAACUGCUUGAUCAGUAUGCGCAUUUAAACGGCAACAACUAUUGUCGACAUGCCUGCAACCUGUGCGAAGGCGCCUGCCCCUACGGCGUACCGAUUGCCGACGUGCUGCGCACGCGCAUGUACGCAACAGACUAUGAAGACGUCAACUUCGCUCGGCGUGAAUACGCUCUAUUAGACAGCAACGCCAGCGCCUGCCUGAGCUGUUCCGGCGAACCCUGCCAGGAUGCCUGCCCCAACGGUAUCGAAAUUGACAAACUGAGUAUUCAGGCAUUGGCACUGGAAGAUGUAUUACAGGCUUUUAAAGACGGCGAACUUGAGCUGGACGACGCCUUAACCCGGGUACGCAGUCACUACUUUGAAGACAUUGGCCACACCCUUGUCGAUCAUGAUCGUCAGAGACGUACCGGCGCCGGUGAAGUGGUAUUUGGUUCCGGUAAAAGCCCGGAACAGAUAUCUGACAUUGUUGGGCAUCUGGUGGAACGUGAAUGCAACGUCCUUGUUACCCGGGUUGAGCCUGAAAAAUAUGCAGCUUUAACCGGCCUGCCCGAUGAUGUGAAGUAUCACCCGGAUUCAGCGCUGUUGAGCUGGGUCACCAAAGUACCCGAUACCCCACCCCACACCAUCGCUGUUGUCACAGCGGGCACCUCUGAUAUCAGCGUGGCCGAAGAGGCAGCGCUGACCGCGGAAUUUUUUGGCAAUACCGUACUACGGAUCAACGAUGUCGGUGUGGCAGGUUUGCACCGCAUCCUGUCACGCCUGGACGACUUACGUAGCGCACGUGUACUGGUUGUGGUUGCGGGUAUGGAAGGCGCGCUGCCCAGCGUUGUCGGCGGUUUAGUGGAUAAACCGGUGAUCGCGGUACCCACCAGUGUCGGCUACGGCGCUGCGUUUGAGGGUGUCGCCGCUAUGCUCGGGAUGUUAACCAGCUGUGCAUCGGGUGUAUCCGUGGUGAACAUCAACAACGAUAUAGAACAGAAAUACCAGGCCCUGAAGGACCAUCUGGCGCAGUACGACAGCGUUAUUGUGGCUUUCUCUGGCGGCAUUGACAGCUCAUUAGUCGCCUACGUUGCCGGGCAGGUUCUGGGGAAAAAAGCACGCGCGGUGACGUCCGCGUCCGCAAGCCUGAAGCGUGCGGAUCUGGCCCUGGCGGAAAAGCUUGCGGAAGACUGGGGUAUUCAGCACGAGGUCAUUGUGACCGACGAGUUGUCAAAACCCGAAUACCGCGCCAACCCGACCAACCGUUGUUUUCACUGCAAGACCUCGCUGUACACAUAUCUGGAUGAAAUGGCGAAAGAUGGCGGCAUCGAAACGGUUCUGAACGGUACCAAUCUUGAUGAUCUUGGCGACCAUCGCCCGGGUCUCGUCGCAGCCGAUAACUUUGAAGUGCGCUCACCCCUGGUGGAAACCGGGUUUCACAAAGCAGACAUACGCGCUUUAGCAAACGCGCUUGGGCUCGAGAACGCGGAGAAACCUCAGGCGGCAUGUCUGUCCAGUCGUUUCCCUUACGGUACUCACAUCACCCAGGCGUUGCUGGCUCAGGUAGAGGCCGCAGAGGACGUUCUGGCAGAACUGGGUUUCACCCAGUUUCGCGUCCGUCACCAUGGCGACGUCGCUCGCCUGGAAAUACCGGCAGCGGAAAUGACAAAGGCUAUCGAACUCCAGGACCAGCUACAAACCAGAAUCCAGGCCGCGGGCUAUCAUUUUGUGGCGCUGGAUCUUGGCGGCUUUCGCUCAGGCUCACUCAACGUGACGCUGACACCUGAGCAGAAAGUGCAGGUUGUGAAUAUCGUCCAACCAUAG